UCAGGCAUCAUCAGUUUCACCAUCUUUCAGGGCUGGGCCUUCUACAAGCACCACCGGGAGGAGUACCUGCAGCGAAUGUCCUCGCCGGGAUCUUUGACGUGGCUUUCGUUUCUUCUGCUUCUGCAAGUGGCCUCCUUCAUUUGGCUGUGCUUCAACAGGAGUCCGCCCCGGGAGCGCAAGGAAGAUCCCACGCCCGCGCGGCGCCGCGCGCUUGCCGCCACUUUGGUGUGCUCCUGCUCGUCCGCCUUCAUGGACCUUGCGGCCAAGGGCUGGUCCUCCACAGAGGUCAACGAGACGGGGCGCCCCAGCCUCGGCCUGUCCUCCGCGGUGUUCUGGGUCUCCCUCUGCGCCAACCUGAUCUUCCUGGUGCUGAUGCGUUGGGCUACGAUCUAUGGCUGUCGCAGGUGCGACGUGCUGAUUUUCGUGCCCCUGAACACCACGGCAAACAUCAUCUUCUCCGUAGCCUCCGGGAUGAUCUGCCUCUCAGAGUACAAGUCCGUGAAGUCCUGGCCUGGCCUGGUGACAGCGGGCCUGUCCAUGCUUUGCGGCAUCUUCAUGCUGGUGACCGGCCCGGCAGAGACCAUGGCUGCGUCCUCAGCUCUCCGAUUGGAGCAAGAGAAGAGCAAGGCCAGCGAGAGUCCAAGAUCCAGCCCGGCGGUGUCGGGGUCAGCCUCGCCGUGCUCCAGCUUCACCAGCAACACGGUGAGAGGAGUGGUUCCGCGGGAGCGAGCGAACCCGGAGCCGCCGCUGUCGCCCUGCCAACUGCAGUCCCGGGUCUCGGCCCUGAGCUUCGUCUAUUUGAACCGCAUCCAUCGCCGCGCCGCGAGGGCGCGAAGCGAGAAGAGUAUCCAUUGCGGGGACCGAGACGAAGGUGCGCGUGACGUGGCCGCGGAGCCUUGACACGUCGGACUUCCCAGAGACCGACAGCUCCGUGAGUGAGGGUAGCUUCGCCAGACAGGGAGUUCUGCAAAAGGUUGGGCCACCGACUUACUGGAUGUGUCAGCUGACCGGCGACAUCAGUGGGCCAACCUAGUCAGCAUGCCAAUGGAAGAAAAGAAGGUCAGACGCGUGACGACCAUGUUUUUUCAGCUAGCACUCCGCCACCUUCCUUCCCUCGGAUGAGGAGAUCCUCUGGAAGGCUGAGGGCCAUCGGAUCCGAAAGGGAUGCCCGUGAACGGUGCGGCUGU